CAUCGUCGGCGCUCGCCACAACAACCUCAAGAACAUCACUAUCGACAUCCCGCUCGGCGUCUUCGUCUGCGUGACGGGCGUGUCGGGGUCGGGCAAGUCGUCGAUCGUCAACGACAUCCUGAUGGAGUCGCUGCGCCGCGACCUGAUGAAGGGGAACGGCGAGCCGGGAGAGCACGACCGCAUCGAGGGGGUCGAGCACCUCGACAAGGUGAUCGCGAUCGACCAGUCGCCGAUCGGCCGCACACCGCGUUCGAACCCCGGCACCUACAUCAAGGUCUUCGACGACAUCCGCAACCUCUACGCGCAGCUCCCCGAGUCGAAGCGGCGGGGCUACAAGGCGGGGCGCUUCAGUUUCAACGUCGCUGGCGGACGCUGCGAGGCGUGCGACGGCAACGGCGCCAACAAGCUGGAGAUGGACUUCUUGGCCGACGUUUGGGUGACGUGCCAGGUCUGCGCGGGCAAGCGGUUCAACCGUGAAACGCUGCAAGUCGAGUACAAGGGCGCUUCGAUCGCCGACGCGUUGGAGAUGGACAUCGUCCAGGCGAUGGAGCACUUCGAAGCGAUCCCGCAGAUCCAUCACAAGCUCUCGACGCUCCACGACGAGCUGGUGAAGAAGUCCACCGGCAAGACGCUCUACGUCCUCGACGAGCCGACGACCGGCCUGCACUUCGCCGACAUCGACAUGCUGCUGAAGGUGCUGCACAACUUCGCCGAUCAAGGCAACACGGUGCUGGUCGUCGAGCACAACCUUGAUGUCGUGAAGACAGCUGACUGGAUCAUCGACAUCGGUCCCGAAGGCGGAGCGGGCGGUGGUGAGUUGAUCGGCGCCGGCACCCCUGAGCAAAUCGUUGCUCAGAUGUUGGAAGCAGGAAGUGGGAAGUCGGAGAAAGGAAAGAAGCCGGCGAGCACAAGCGGCAGCUCCCACAUCCCCCAUCCCACAUCCCACUUCCGCUCCCACACCGCCGAAGCACUGGCCCCGCUCCUCAACGGCGCCGGCCAUGUCGUCGCGGCCAAAUCCAAGAAGCGAGCGGCCAAAGAGGUCAAGGCGAUUGAGGUCCGUGGGGCGUCGCAGCACAACCUGCGCAGCGUGGAUGCGACGAUCCCCCGCGAUCAGAUGACCGUGUUCUGCGGGCCGAGCGGCUCGGGUAAGUCGUCGUUGGCGAUGGACACGAUCUACGCCGAGGGGCAGCGGCGUUACGUCGAAUCGCUCGGCAGCUACGCCCGCCAGUUUGUGGGGCAGUUGCAGAAGCCCGCCGUCGAACACGUCGAGGGCCUGUCGCCGGCGAUCGCGAUCGAGCAACGCACGGUGGGGCACACGCCGCGAUCGACGGUCGGCACCGUGACGGAGAUUUACGACUACUUCCGCGUCAUGAUGGCCCGGCUCGGUACGCCGCACUGCCCGGACUGCGAGACGCCGAUCGGCACGCAGACCUCGGACGACGUGACCGACAAGCUCUUCACCGAGCCCGAGGGGACGAAGCUGCAGCUGAUGGCGCCGAUCGAGCUGGGCGCCGGCGACUCGUACGCCGACUUGUUCAGCGACCUCUUGAAGACCGGUUACCGACGUGUCUGGGUCGAUGGGCAGACCUACGAACUCGAGGACGCCCCGAAAAUCGACCGCCGCCGCAAGCACGACGUCGCGGUCGUGGUGGACCGCAUCACGAUCCAGAAGCAGGCCCGCGGGCGUAUCGCCGAAGCGGUUGAGGCCGCGCUCGGCUUGGGGCGUGGCGUGAUGUUCGCGGUCUAUCCCGACCCCAAAAAGCCCGAGGGGAAGUGGGCCGUCCGUGUCCAUAGCCAGCACCUCACCUGCGAGUCGUGCGGCCGCAGCUUCGAGCCGCUGACGCCGCACAACUUCUCGUUCAACAGCUCGCUGGGUUGGUGCGGCGCCUGCGAAGGCCUUGGCACGCAAACCGGCGCGAACCCCGCGGCGCUCUUGCGCGACGAAGAGCUGACGCUCGCCGAGGGCGCCGUGCUGCUGUGGCCUUCGCUCAAUAACGACCUUGCCCGGGCGAUGCUCACCGCGCUCGCCGACCACACCGGCAUCCCACUCGAUGUCCCCUAUCGCAAGCUCACCGCCCGCCAGCGCCGCACCCUGCUCUAUGGCACGAAGGACGAGUGGGUCUCGGUCGAGGCGAGCACUGCCAAGAGUGGAGUUAACAUCCCCGCGCUGAAGUUCCAGUUCAAAGGCCUCUACCCCGCUCUCGAAGAAGCCUCCAAACUUUCGCCGCAUUUGCGGACGACGCUCGAACAUCUUGUCGAUGAGAUCGAGUGCAGCGAGUGCGGCGGCAGCCGAUUGCGCGGCGACGCGUCGGCGGUGCGGUUCCGCGGGCUGACGAUCGAGCAGAUCGUGCGUUCGCCGCUCGGUGAGCUGAUCGAGACCGUGGCCUCGUGGGAACUCGACCAGCGCGAACGCAAGAUUGCCGGCGAGAUCGUCCGUGAGAUCCACAACCGCCUGACGUUCCUGGUGGACGUGGGCCUAGAGUACCUGACGCUCGGUCGUCAGGCGCCGAGCCUGUCGGGCGGCGAGUCGCAGCGUAUCCGUCUGGCGAGCCAAGUCGGAAGCGGCCUGGUAGGCGUGCUCUACGUACUCGACGAGCCCACGAUCGGCCUCCACCCCCGCGACAACACACGGCUCAUCAAGGCGCUGCACAA